CAACUUCUUCUCUUCUCUCCUUUCUGCUUUCUCUCUCCGCUAGCCGCCUUGCAUGCGCGGUUCUCGGCGCGUCCGAGCCCGCUUGGCUGCUGCGCUGGACCUGCAAAGUUUUCGGGGCACCGCGCGCCACUCGAAUUGCGGAGCAAUCGUGUUUCCUUCUCGUGUUUUCUGUUUCUUCGUUUCGCUGACCUUCUGCCAAGUCGGUCUGAAACUUCUUCGUCGACUGGAAAUCCUCCUUGGCCCUCCUUCCGACACACGAGAGGCGUGGAUAGGCGUGGAUACCACAUGCAAUUUAGACACCCCGCGGGGUAGAGGUCUUACUUUCUCGCCCUCUUCUUUCGUGUCUCUCCGUCUCGCUUCCGUCUCGUCAUUCGCCUCUUGUUCCUUCUCUACUCUCUCUCUUCUCCAGUCUCCUUCCUUUGGUCGGUCGCCCGUUUUCCGCCGCUCGCUUCUCUCAUUUUCGGGACCGCUCCCUGGGGCCGGGCCGCAUGCACUACCAAUUCCAGAGGCUACGACCGGUUCGUCCUGCCGCUUUACUUCUUUGCGCCAGAGAGAGCGUGGAACCUGGCUCGGUUCUCAGAACAGAGUCACCACUUGAAUUGUCUUUUUGCGACACCCGGCGACGCACCCGGUGAUGCCGUGUGAAGAACCCCAGGGCGCGCCGUGUGCGCUUUCGUCAGUUAGUUACCUGUAAAUGCAGAAUUCGAGGGUCUUCUGUGUCGCCGUGGGCGCUUUCCAAGUCGAAUCAGAGACAGACCCGCAUCUGCAGCAGCCCGGAGCGAGCGCGAGAAGGUCGACUCGGGGCAGGCAGUCUCUCUCGUCUCUCUCUCCUUCGCUGUCUGUGGUCGUUCAGAGCCGCUCAUCACAAGGAAGAUACUUUGCGAGUCUGCGAAGCCUGGCUUUCCAGAACGAACAUCUGCACCUGCAUGCUGCGCCUGGUCCAAGAGACAUCGCAAAAUGAUAGUGCGCAACUUUCGAGCGUCGAUCGUGCAGUGAAGAAUCCGUAUCUACGUUGUUUUCAUCCCUCUCUCUCUCUGUGAGGGGGCAAGAUGUACCCCCCGCCGCCCUCGCCUCUCAGCGGGAGGGCUGCUGCGCCCCCCGAACCGGCGCCGCCUCCUCAAGGUUUUCUUCCUCAGGGACCUUCCGCCUUUCCGCCGCCGCCGGCUUACUUCUCAAGUGAACCGCGGCCGCCCAGCGUUUCACAUCGAACCCCGCAGGUCGGUGGCUUUCCUUUUUCUCCUCAGGCGCAGUUCUCGACCUACGCGCCCGCGAGACCGCUGCCGGCUGGCGACCUCCACGAGCGCUCCGGAGGACGCGUCACUUUCUCCUCGGCGGCUGCUUUCCAGACUUGUCCCAACCCCCCAGUCUCCCACAGACUGAGCGCGACGGCCUCCAGUGCGCGCUUGCAUGCAGUGAACAUUCUUAGGGGUGGAGCUGAAAGAGACUGUCGCCCCUCAGGGACGCUGCGCCUGUCUCAGACGGCGGGAGGUGAUGGGCUAUCUGGCGAAGAGGCUGUGGAGCUUGGAAACUUCUCUGGACUCCGACAGCCAGAGACAGGCGGCCCCGGCCUUGACGCUCUGCGCCUGUCGGAGUCAGCAGAUCCUCUCUCUCGGAGCUCAAACGCGUACGAUACGCGCCCCGGUCCGCAGAUCCACGCCCAUCCCACUCCACCCUUCGCUGCUUCCUUCAGUGCGUCCGCACAACUGAAUUCUGCCUCCUUCAACGCUGCCUCCUUCAACGCUGCCUCGUUCAACUCUGCCUCCUUCAACUCUGCCUCCUUCAACUCUGCAUCCUUUAAUUCUGCCUCCUUCAAUUCUUCGUCCUUCGCUUCGUCAUUUUCUGCCGCGACUGCAUGCGCAGGCGCGGGGGGCGGAUUCGUCGCCGAGAGGGGUGCGGAGUCCGGCCCGCUCUCUCAGGUGUACGUACAGGGGAAGAAUGUGUACGGCGGCGCUUCGCAGGCUACACAGCGGCGGGCAGGAGGGGAGGCGGAAAGUCUGGCGGAUCGCCGCGAACCCGCGAGUCAGGCGCAUCUGCCUCAGCCCCCAGCCGACGGCCUCUUCGUACCUCGGUCGGCUUCUGCGCAUGCCGACUACCAUUUCCCGGGUGUACGUACAGCCCACGGAGGAGACGACAUCCCGCCGCCUCCGGGUUGCCCCGAGGUCGCGCCGCCUGGGCUUGGCGCGUCUUUUUCGCAGCGCAUGCAUUGCGCAUCUGCAGAGGCGGCUGCGGCCGCCGCGGUCUCUGUCUCGCGGCCUCUCUCAGGACCUCGUCCCGAGGGUGGGGAGAAAGCCGACACAGAGAGAGAGGAAGAUCUGCCUUGUUUCUACGACUCCGCGCGCGACCCGCGCGCCAUGUAUGGAGCUCGGAGCAGGCGAGAGGGAGACGGGGGCGAAGCUGUCCAGGCCGCCUUCCCCGUCUCCGCUGGUAAACGGAGUUUCGACCUUCGGACAACAGAGGAAGUCGGCGACAGACGCCUUCCGUCCUCAGCUGUGAAGAUCGACGGAGACCCAGGAAGCAGCAGAGAGGCGCAUGCGAAGAAAGAGUGGAGACCUCUCGACCUUCUCUCGCUGCAGCUGGAGCCCACGGAACGAUCAGACGACGCACUCCAGUCGCCACUGCUCCCUGACAUCGACAGUCUCUGCGAUCCGUACGCGAACUCCAGUCCGUUCUCUCUGGAUGGCUCGACGCCCGUGGACUCUGCGGACGAGGCCGGCCUCGGCCCAGAUAGCCUGGAGAAGCGCACAAACAGAGACAGGUCUCUCCUUGCAGAGAAAGCGCGUCUCGGGGAGGCAGAGAGGCCCGAGAAGCAGACGCAGAGAGACAGAAGUCGGAGACUCUACUCGUGCGUUGAUCCUCUCCAGGCAGUCUGGCGCCUCCCCCUGGAACGUUUCAAUCCUCUCCUCCUCAUCCCUCGAAUUAUUUGCGAGGCAGAAGGCUGGCUACCAGGGACGACACGGUUGGCAGCCUACGGCCUGCCUCCAGACUUGUCUGCGUCCAUGCUUUGCGAGCUUCUGUUGAACUUGUUUUUCACUGCCGCUGGAGUUUCGGGCGCCUCGGCGUCGCUCGCGUCUGCAGCGCCGGCGCCGCUGGCGGCCUCCGUCGGUGAAGACCCGACCGCCGACGACGUUGGCUUCCUCUCGCUCUACGAUCCUCUGUUGCCUCCGUCGUCGCUCCCCCCUUCUGCGCGUUCGUCUUUGGUUGACUCCAAACAGGAGCGAGACGAGGGCGGCGUCUGGCGACUCGCGCAUGCACAGUCGAAGCGGGGUGUCUCCGCGGCCUCGCUAGGGUCCGCCUUCUCGCCGCGUUUCGCCUCCCCGAAGAAACCGGACUUCUUCGUCGGGCCGCGACCCGCAGAAAAGCCGCUCGCCUCGCAUGCAGAGGCCGUCGGACUCGAGAGCGUGGAGCGCGUCUCCUUUCGCGACGACGCGAGCGAGAAGUUCCCCCUUUCAGACGACUUGGUCUCGCCGCUGUUCCCCGCGCUCAUGUGCCACCCGGGCGCGGCCUUCGCGCGGCCCGCGGGUCGCCAGGCCAGCCGCGGGCCCGGGCGAGACGAGGAGAAGCCGAAGGCCCCCACCGACCUGGGGGCGCGCGUGGACUCCGAGCUCCUGACGAACUGGAAGAGACAAGGCGGAAGGGAGCUCGGGACGCAUGCUCUCGACUUGCUGCGAAGCCAGCGAAAAGUCGACAGUGAAACGCGCGACGCUCCCGCCAUGGCCCUCCUCACAUUCGCCACAGAACACGACGCGAAACGCUUCUGGCUUGUCUUCUCCACUGGGGCCUGCCAGGCGUACGGCUACACCGUGUUGUUGUCUCCGGAUCCGUCUGGUCUCGGCGUCUACACGGAGGCGUUGGCCUCCUCGGUUGCGCUGCCGGAGCUGCGCGCUCGAGUCGAGGCUCUCGGACCCUUUCCCCUGCAACGACAGGCAGGUGUCUCCAAGCCCGCGUCUCCGUCUGCGGCACUGCCGUUCUCAGUGCCGCGUCCCCUCCGGCCUUCUGUCUCCUCUGUCGCCGCUGUCUCCUCCUCUGUCUCCUCCUCUGUCUCCGCUGCGUCCUGUGCGAAGCCGAUUGUCGCCGAAUGUCCUUUAGUUUCCUCUGAGUCGCUGGCGCUCGCGCGGGAUGCCGCCGUCGCGCUGAACGCUGCCUGCCGGUGGCACGAAAAGUCGCAAAAAUGCGAGCUGCUGUUUCCCAGCGAAGAGGCCCUUCUCCUGCCCUGCGUCGCUCUGCACACCUUCCCACCUGCCUCGCAAGGCCUCCCAGUCACGGCGCUCCUUCUUGCAGUUCCGGUCCAACGCCUUUCUUCGUCUUCUUCUUCGUCUUCUUCUUCGUCUUCUCCGUCUUCUUUCUCUCCCCCGGGUCCCGAAGAGGGCGACGCGAAGAGUGGAGAGAAAGUCGAGGUCCGUCUCCUUCCUGUCGCCGUGAGGGAUCUGUGCAGGAAGAAGGAUACGGGGGCGGGGUCGUCUCUUCUGGCGCUCGCGCCUCUCGGCCCGAGCCGGGGGCCUGGAAAAGCUGCGGCGCUUGCAGGCCUUGGCGGGUCUCCCGGGCACCUCGCGAAGGCCGCGCCCAGACAGGACGAGCCCCUCGAGGAGCCUCUGAACGCGGCUGCCGCCGUUCCGGGAUCUGCGGUCUCGGGGAAGGGCGCGAAGGAGACACCUGUCUCCUCGGAGACGGUCGGCGUGGCGGGGUCGCCGAAGCCCGCCGUCGCGUCAGGGGACGGCGACGCGGCAGGGGGCGCAGAGAAGCGGACGCCGGGGGAAGGCCCGAAGGCGGGAGGGCCUCUCGGGGAAAGGCGUUCAGAGGAGCGCCAAACGGGGAAGGGUGAAGAGAAAGGCAAGCAAGUCUCGGCUCUCGCGCGCGGCGUCAAACCGCCACCCGUCGUCGCCCAAAGGUCGAACGUAUGCGCGGCGAAAAAGCGCCCUGGAGCCCCUGCAGGAACUGCCGGCUUGGCCUCCAGGGGUGUGGGGUCAGGUCCUUCGGGGCUGGAGAAAGGAGCGUCUGUCUCGGAGGAGGUGAAAUCGAAAGAGGAGAGACAAGGGAAGACGCCGACACCUGCGCCUGUUGGAGGUCUCUCGCUGCCUUCGGCCUCGCCUGGGCCUGCCUCGGUGGCCCGUACAGGCUCUGCCGGCAUUCGAGCCCCGGCGGCCAAGUCGGCAAUUGGCAGGGGCUUCGUGGGGACUCCCCAAACCCCCGAAGGCGCGACCCAGAGAGGAGGCGCUUCUCUGGGCGCACUGGCAGGGAAGGGCGAGGGCCCAAAGGGCCCAAAGGGGGCGAGUGAGGGGUCGAAGGGGGCGUCUGAAGGCCCGGUGGGGCGUGUGGGGUCGAGCAGGGAGGAGCGAGGAGAAGAGCAACGACGAGGCGGAUCAGUGAAGAAGGAUUACAAGAGAGGUCGGACGCGGCGGCGAGUGUUGUCAGAGAGCGAGAGUAGCAGCGAGAGCAGCGAGAGCAGCGACAGCUCGAAUUCAAGCGACUCUUCGAGCUCAGAUCCAUCGUCGAGUGAAGACGAAGACUCACGCAAAGAGGAGAAACGCCCGGAUGUGCCGAUCAAGAGACACCGGCUCGUGCGGCGGCAGCGCGAGGAACAGACAGAACAAGAGGGAGGCGAGGCAGACGCUGAAAAAGAAAAAGGGAAGGACGAAACGAAGGAAAGGAGAGGGGGGAGUGAACAUAACGAAGGGAAAGAAGCGAAAGAAGGAAAAGAAGAGCGAGUUCCGGAGAGACUGGAAACUGGGGGACUUCAGCGCUCGGCGUCUCUGUAUCUCGCUGCGAAGGACAAAGACGCCGGCCCGCAGCCUGCUCUACUCGCAGAAGCGGAGACAGGCGACGUACAAGACGACCGCAGCGCUCAGGGGAGCGAGGAGGAGAAAGUUGGAGGACGAGGGAAGCGGAGACGAGGAGGGGCGCCAGGAAGAGGAAGAAAGCGAGGUCGCGGAAGACGCGACGAUGCUGCGAAAGCAACGACGCCGCAGCCAACGCCGAAAGUGGAGGCGAAACGACGAGGCCGCAGUGGAAGACGCGCGAGUCCGUCGGGUCUGGUCGCGGCCGAGGGGCAGGCUCCUGAGGGCGAGGACGAGGCCCUCACCUCUGCGAGCGGCGCGUCUUUCUCGCAAGAAAAAGGUGCCUCUUUCAUUGAGACGCCUCUUCUUCCAGCUGAUGUCCGUCUUUGCUUUUCUCCUGCACGGUCGACCUCAGGAAUCGCCACGGCGUCGCCUCCGUCUCGUUCCUUCCCUUCCGAGCGUAUCCCCAGAGACAGUGGAGGGGUCGGAGACAGCAGUUGCGGGGGAGGCGGUUCCUCUCCGGGAGCCAAGACACCAGUGGAUGGGGUGCGUGAGGAAGGCGGCGGGAGACAGUCGGAGACACCUGUCUCUCUCGCGCCGAGCGGGAGAGGCCGAGGGAAACGGCGGCGGAGCGAAGGCAAUCCUCCGCCCCGUCGGUCGGUUCGCCUCCGCGGAGAAACUUCCUCGCCGCCCUUCUCGAGAGUCUCGCAGGCGCCUUCUUUCCCUGCCGUCCUGGCCUCGCCGCCUUCAGUCUCCUCGCCGGUCUCUGUGGGGCGCGGGGUCGAGGCGGACCUUCUGGAGGACCGCGGCCGAGGCCCUGUGGGGUCAGACUCGCCCUUCGCCGUGUCUCUGUUCGUUGACGGCGAGGGCGAGGCUUCUCCCGGCGGCGGCCUCUCGGCUGCAGCCAGCGACUCGAGGAGAGACCCGGCAGGCGGAGACGAGGACGGAGACAGAAGAGGAGACAGUCACCCCGCGUCGGGCGCGGCCGUGGAGCCGAACACACCCGGCCGGCUUGCGGACCGCGCGGCAGCUGAGGAGGUGGACGCCGCUGAGUCUCCACCAAAGCGGAAGGGGAAGAAUUUGCGCGUGUGAGAAGAAUCUGCAGAGAGAGGGGGAGGCGAAAAAGCGGAGUAGGAGCAGAGCGACUGGACGCAAAACGAAUGAGAGGGGAAAGCAAGAAAAGACAAGGAAGGCAAAGAGUGUCUACAGCUCCCCUACCUACCAGAGCGGGUGCUGCAGGAGUCGCCGAGCGUUGUUCAGUUCCGGAAAGAAGGUAGUCGAACGGACGAGAAAGGCGACAGCAACGGAGGGAGAGAGUCGGGUGGAGCUAUCAACAGAAAAGCGAAGCAAGCAUGUCGAAAGAAAUACACGCAAAAGAAUAAUGACCGUCUGCGCCCACGUGGACCUCAACAAGAAACCCAAAGUGUGGUUAUCUACUUGUGCACAUGCACAUAUACAGAUCCGUACGUAUAUACGUAUAUAUAUAUAUAUAUAUAUAUAUAUUUAUAUGUAUAUAUAUAUAUGUAUAUAUAUAUAUAUAUGUAUAUAUAUAUAUAUAUAUGUAUAUAUAUAUAUAUAUAUGUAUAUAUGUACGUGUGUACAUGUAUACAGCUUUACUUCUGUGCAUACUUGUGUCUUCAUGCAUACAUACGCGAAUACGAGUAGGUAGGCAUGUAGAUGUGUGUACGUGUCACGACAGCUCGAAGAAAUGGAUUUGUGGUUGAAGGGAUGCACCAGUUGUUUCUUUGUGAGUCCGGAAGCAUGCGCAUGCAAAGACUUGCAUACAGAAGAGGGGGGGCAGGUGCACAACGGCAGGAUCUUCUUCGACAUGGCAGCAGAGGAAGGCGGAGAAGUGGAUGGACGGAAAGCCGAGCUAAGCGAGAACAGGAGGCAAAGGCGACGCUUGAAGCAUGCACAGAUGGGC